AUGUACAACUUAAAUCGAUAUGUACAGUUGGUUAAAAUUCGAAAAUCAUAUUUUACUCAGUAUGGGUUGAGAUACAGCCAUACUCAGGUCAAAGAAGACCUGAAAAAUAGGAAUAUUGAGAAAGUUUUAAUAGCCAACCGUGGUGAGAUUGCAUGCAGGGUGAUGCGAACAGCAAAGAAAUUAGGAAUACAAACUGUAGCUGUUUAUUCAGAUGCAGAUAAAAAUGCAAUGCAUGUGGAAAUGGCAGAUGAAGCAUAUCAUAUUGGGCCUGCCCCAUCUACACAGAGUUAUCUAAAUGCAGCCAAAAUACUAGAAGUGGCUCUAAAGUCUAAAAGCCAAGCUAUUCAUCCUGGAUAUGGAUUCCUUUCUGAGAAUGUUGAGUUUUGUGAGCAAUGUGCACACCAUGGAGUAAUUUUCAUUGGCCCUCCUACUUCUGCUAUAAGAGACAUGGGAAUUAAAAGCACAUCAAAAGCCAUAAUGUCAAAGGCAGGAGUACCAAUAGUAAAAGGAUACCAUGGGGAAGAUCAAAGCAUUGAAAAAUUACAAGCUGAGGCAAAUAAAAUUGGUUUUCCAUUAAUGAUAAAAGCUGUUCGCGGCGGAGGUGGAAAGGGUAUGAGAAUUGCUAUGACUGAAGAAGAAUUCCUGUCACAAUUAGAAUCUGCCAAGAGAGAGUCUUUGAAGUCUUUUGGUGAUGAAAGUAUGCUACUAGAGCAAUAUAUUACAGACCCUCGACAUGUAGAAGUACAGGUGUUUGCGGAUAUGUAUGGCAAUGCAGUACAUUUAUUUGAAAGAGACUGCUCUGUUCAAAGACGGCAUCAGAAAAUUAUUGAAGAAGCUCCUGCACCUGGUCUGUCAGAAGAAACGCGACGGGCACUCGGCGAGGCGGCAGUCAGGGCGGCAAAAGCUGUCGGCUAUGUUGGAGCGGGAACAGUUGAAUUUAUAUUGCAUCGUGUCACCCACGACUUCCACUUUAUGGAGAUGAACACGAGACUUCAAGUAGAACAUCCAAUCACCGAAAUGAUCACUGGUACGGACUUGGUGGAGUGGCAGCUUCGCGUGGCUGCGGGCGAGCCGCUGCCGGUGCGGCAGGAGGAGAUCGUGCGACGGGGGCACGCCUUCGAGUGCCGCGUGUACGCCGAGGAGCCGGGCGCCGGCUUCCUGCCCCGCGCGGGCACCCUGCACCGACUGAGGCAGCCGACGCCCGAGGAGAACGUGCGGAUAGAGACGGGCGUGCGCGAAGGUCAAGAGGUGUCGGUUCAUUACGACCCGAUGAUUGCGAAGCUGGUGGUGUGGGGCCAGGACAGGAACCAGGCGUUGGCUAAAACCAAGAGGAAACUGUCCGAGUAUCAAGUGGCCGGCUUGGAGACUAACGUGAACUUCCUUCUGCGGCUAAGCGGAGCGAGUGCGUUCCUCGCCGGUGACGUGCACACCGCCUUCAUACAGCAGCACGAGCGAGAACUGUUCCCGGAACAGCUGGCCAUCGACCCGGACCGCGCCACCCAAGCCGCCCUGGGCCACUUGAUUAAAACCCAGCUGGAGAGCUCCGCCAAUGACACGUGGAAAGGGAUCUCCGUCGCUCCGAACGCUUGGAGGCCAAACUAUCAACUGCGCAAAACCGUUAACUUCAAAUUCAAUGAAAAAGAUGUGAAGGUCAUCGUCGAAUACGACAGUGAACCCAACACGUACAGAGUGCAAGUGGACGACGGUGAAUGGCGGCGGGUCGAGGCGUACCUCAAAUCCACUGAACAAGGGCUCAGGCUCAUCACUAGGGUCGAAGACAGGACCAGCAAUGUGGGCCUGCUGACGUACGACCAGGAAGUGCACAUUUAUGAUGAGAGUGGACAGACGGUGCUCCAUUUGCCGCAGCCCAAGUACCAAGCGGCGGCGGGUGGAGAUGAGACCGCUUCCGCUGACAGCGCCUGCUCUCCGACGCCUGGCGUAUUGGAGAGGAUACUAGUCAGCAAAGGGGACAAGGUGGUCAAAGGGCAGCCCCUCUUCGUUGUGAUCGCGAUGAAGAUGGAGUACGUGGUGCGCUCGCCCCGCGACGGAGUAGUGUCCGAGCUGACGGCGGCGGCGCCAGGGGACGCCGUGGCGAAGGGGGCGCUAAUAGUGGCCCUCGACGGCGAAAGC